CAUUCACUUUCUUAUCUGUGUCUGUAAUGGCUGGCUAUUUUGCGUGGUGGAUUUUGUGAUUUGUUUGAUUGCAUUUGUCGUUUUGUAUUUUACGAUCCAUACCUGAUUCACACAUUAUGAAGUCUAAAAAGCGACACCAAUCAUCAUCAGAAGAUUCAGAAGAAUCCGAGGCUAGUGUGGAAUCAAAGAGUUCGUCUGAGAGCGAUAGUGAAGAAUCCUCUGCGUCGGAACACCGGCACAAGAAAAAAAGAAAACGUGCUGACUCCUCAGAUUCAGACAGUGAUUCGGACGACCAGCGGCGUUCCAAGAAGCGGAAACAUAAGAAAAAGAAGAAGAAACAUGGCAAAAAGAAGAGGCGUUCUGAAUCUCCCGAGGAAAGUCAAUCAGUUGAAGAAGUUUCUUCGGUCAGCGAAGGUGAAAUCUCUCCUAAAAAAAAGAGAAAACAUAAGCACAAGCAUAAGCAUUCUAAGCGAGCGCGCAGCUCCUCGGCUAGUGUUAUAAUCGAAGAAGAAGAACCAACGGAACGACGCCUGCAUAGCGUCGUUAAGGAGCGUCGUGAAUCGUCUGAAGAACGCGGGCAGCCUCAUACCUAUUAUCCGCGAGACUAUCAUCAAUCAACAGCAGAAAGUGUUGAAAGGGAUCGGGAAGUCCAGCGGUUUUAUCGGGGCUCCAGCAAGGAGCGCAGAUACCAGGAGCACUACCGCUAUCCCCAUGACCGCAAUGACAGGAACCAAAGGUAUGAAGAGCAUAGGUCUCCAGUAGAAGAAUACCACAAACGCCCCAGAGAGGAUAAUUACCAUUCCAGGGAGGAUCCUAGAGGAUUCAACCGUUACAAUCAAUAUGAGGACAGAAGGCCUAAGCGACCCGACUAUGACAAUGGCAGGGAAUACAGAGAAAGGAGACCGCCCCCCGAAGAGCGCUACCGCGAGAGAGAAUAUCCGGACAAGAGAGACAGGUUCAGAGAAGAGGGUUACGGCUCUGAAAGUGACAUCUCUACAGAAAAUUAUAAUGAAUUAAAUCAGAACAUGUUGGUGUUGCAAAGAUAUUUUAAUAUUUGCACAUUACACGAUACAUACUCUAGGCAUGUGUGAGGUUGUUUAUAGAUUUGUUGACGCAUAUUUGAUAUGCUCUUGGACCAAGACGGAUUGGAACAGAUUUUUCAAACCCUUAGAUAUUCUGGAGACGAAGUCUGAUUACGACUUAAAUGCGCGGUUCAACUAGAUAUGAUAACUAGUUGCGUUUAUCUAUCACCAUGUCUAAGUCUUCCAUUUACUUUGGAGUAUAUAAUAUACCUCGAGGACUCGUCAGUAUAGCUCAAUACUCUCUUUUGUAUAUAACAUAUGUAAUAACAACGAAAUACGAAGAAUUUUGGAUGGAUUUUCAAAUGAAACCAUUUAUUUCGUCAUGCAAGAAUUAUGAAACAGAAAAUUAAAUAACAUCUGAUGAAAGCUGCAAUGUAAAUUGUUUGAAAACACUUUGUGUCAAGUUUUACAGAAGUUUAGACAGUAUAAAGAUUUAUACAUCCACAUAACAAUUUUCAGAAUACACAAAGUGUAAAACUUAAUAACUAAACCAUGAACUCUGUAUGGUUUUAGAAGAGAACUUUAUUGAAAAAAAAAAUAAUCUAGACUUUAUUACUCAGGAUGCGUAUUUAAGGAAUAAAAUAAAGUGCAUGAUUACAAGCACGAAAUAUUAUCAAGGAUGUUUAAACAAAGAUAGCAUUGAUCGCAAGACCCAGGAGUGAUACAAUUUAAUACAGCAGCUCUAAACAAUGUAACGGAGGAUGGAUAUUUUUGAAGUUCAAGAAAGAAAUGGUUAAAUGCCACUGAAACUGUUCAAACCCGAAUAUGAUAUUGCUGAUUACAGCUGCACACUAUUUUAUCUGGAAACAAAUUUAAAAAUUGAUUUAUAUUAAUCUAUUUAUAGUGGGAAGAAUUAUUGUAAGAUAUAGCCAAAAUAUAAAUAAAACCAGUGAGCAUAAAACAAGAAAGACUGAGUAUUUAGAAAAAGAAAAAUAGAUAAUAAUUUUUAAAUAUAAGAAGCCUUUAUAAAUAUAUAUUAACUAAUAUAUCUCCUCAAUGCAGAAUGGAAUAAUUGAAAAGCUGCUGAUUGAUUAAAGACAACUCUGACUUAUAUUGGAUAUGUUUGGAAUGACAGUAUAAAUAUAGAAGACCCUGGGCUCCCAAGCAUUAGCUGAGGAUGCUAGCGGGAUGUUGAGAAAAAAACAAAAUAGAGAAAUAGUGGAUUAACUCAGAUUAUGAGUGAUUUCUCAAUAGCUGAAAAUCCAAGACAGGAUCACCAGAGUAGGUAUAUCAUCGUCAAAUCGGGAUUGUUAUUGGGAGUCACGGCCGCGCGACGGACGCCGCGACCGACCGUUCCGGCCUGAGCAGAAGCCCUUCCCGCCGCACCACAGGGAGCAGUCAAGAAGCCCAGACCCGCGUUACAAGAGCCAAGAGCGGCGCCGGCUCGAGGAGCGCAGCAAGU